CGAUUUUACUGAAGCUGUGAUUCUUAAAAAAUAAUUCAUUCAAAAUUAUUAAAUAUUUUUGAGAUUUUAAUAGUGUGGUGGAUUUUGUAAAUUUCCGAAGCUCGUGGGCAUCUUGCAAACUAGUGCAGCGUCCAGGGGGUUAUGUAGAAAUUUCAUUGCGGUCCAACUUCUAUUUUCAAUUGAUCAAUAUAUUUGGAGUUUCUCCACCUCAUCAAUAAUCCUCCGGCGAGAGUUGUGAUCGGGAAAAAGUUCGAAGAUGGGCAAGGCGAAGACUCAGCCUUUUAAGAAAGAAUUCGCUUUUGGUAACGAACAGUUGGUUCAAUUCUUUAUCACAGAGGAAAGACAGCAAGACUCGCAAGAUAUCAUCGCCAAAUAUCCCGAUCGAGUCCCUGUUGUAGCUGAGAGGUAUACAAAAUCUGACCUUCCAGAGAUGGAGAAGAAGAAAUUCUUGGUGCCUCGUGACAUGUCAGUUGGCCAAUUUAUUCACAUACUGAGCGGGAGGCUCCAUUUGGCUCCUGGAAAGGCUCUUUUUGUAUUUGUGAAAAAUACAUUACCACAGACAUCAAGUUUGAUCGAGUCCGUUUAUGAUUCAUACAAGGAUGAUGAUGGGUUCCUCUACAUGUGCUACAGUAGCGAGAAAACCUUUGGUUGCCAUCAUCUCUCUUAGCCAUGCGGCCUCUUAAGUUGUGAUUAAUUAUUUCUCUUGGACAAUUUCGUUGCCUUGUCUGUAAAUUGGUGUAUAUUGUCAAUUUCAUGAUUCUCGUUCUCCUUGCUGUGGAAUGGCAUAUGUAUGACUCGCUCCUAAUCAUUUGCAAUUAUAUGACUACUUUUGUUUGUGUGCCUUAAUUGAGGGGAUAAAAAAAAAUGGAAAUCAACAUUC